AUGUCUUGGCGAGGUGGAGGAGGAGGAAGAGGUGGGGGGUUUAGAGGUGGAGGUGGUAGGGGUGGUGGAGGAUUCAGAGGAGGAGGAAGAGGUGGUCGAGGAGGAUUUAAUCGUGAUCAAGGUCCACCUGAAUCAGUUAUAGAACUGGGAGAAUAUGUUCAUCCUUGUGAAAGUGAUAUUGUUUGUAAAUGUACCAAUGAGAAAGUACCAUAUUUCAAUGCUCCAGUAUUUAUAGAAAAUAAACAGCAGAUUGGUAAAGUGGAUGAAAUUUUUGGACCAAUUAAAGAUUUUUUUUUUUCUGUUAAAUUAUCAGAUGGUAUGAAAGCAAAAUCCUUUUCUAAAGAAACUAAGUUUUUCAUUGAUCCUUAUAAAUUGUUACCAUUACAAAGAUUUUUACCUCAACCUAAAGGCUCUGUACAGAAAAGAGGUGGAGGAAGGGGAGGAGGAAGAGGUAGAGGAGGAGGACGUGGUAGUUUUGGUGGUAGAGGAGGAGGACGUGGUGGUUUUGGUGGUAGAGGAGGAGGACGCGGUGGUCGAGGAGGAGGCGGCAGCUAUGGUCGUGGUGGCGGAGGAGGAUUUGGUCGUGGAGGAGGAGGUAGUUUUAGAGGAGGACGUGGCCGAUAGAUUGCUGCGGUGAAUCAUUUUAAUAACUAUUUCGGAAAUGUAUAUAAAGAAUCAAUUUUAUGUUAAAAUGAGUAUCCACAGGAAAUAAUGUAAGAUAUGUCAUUCAAGAGCUAUUUUGAUGACCGGAUGUUCCAUCGUCUAAAUUGUGAAAAGUUUCAGAAAGUGAAAGCUCCAAUUUGUGCGUAUGCAAAGAUAAUGAGCUUUUAUAUGGUUAAUUUUGUGUUGAUGAUAUGGGUUGCAAUGUUUUUCAUUCAUUUUUUUUUGUAUGAAAGAUUUCAUGAUAACAAUAAUUAUGUUAUUAUCAUUGGAUUAAUGAUUUAUGUCUCUCAUAAUUUAAUCAUCUUCUUCAUAUUUCUAAGAAUUGUUGCAUACUAUUAUGAUUGUUCAAAUUUUAUCAAUUUGAAAUGAAUCCAGACAAAAUGUGUUGGUCAUUGAAAGAUAUUCUGUCUGAGACAUGGUCAGUUAUUUGGUUAAUCAUAUGAUAAUAAAUAAUCAACUUGUACAAUAAUU